AUGUCGAUAAAUAUGAUGUCUUGGAGUGCUCCUGGCUCGAACUCCAACUGUGCUAGGGAAGCGGAGCAGACGAAAAAAGGUGAGCUCCUUACACUCGUACCAAAGCGAACACGAUGUGCCGUCUCGAUGAGAGCUGAUGAAACGGAUAAGUGGGGUAAUGAUACGCUUGAUGAGCGUGAUGACUACCAGCUUGUACUCAAAGAUGCCUCGAUCAAGGACGAAUUGUUGAAUCGCUUGAACACGUUUCGAUGCAACAGAGAACUUUGCGACAUCGUCCUAUUCGUCAGAGAAAAAGAAAUUUUCGCUCAUAAAGUCGUGCUGGCUGCCGUGUCGCCCGCACUAUUCGAUAUGUUUUUGAAAGACAACGAAGAGGAAAGCAGAUCGAGUCCUAACGAAACCACAGAGAACGGCCAUGAAGCUGGUCCACAAUUCACUACUACCUUGACUGUUGCACCAUCGACCAAGAAGCCCAUGGCGUAUUUUGAUUUUACCCAGACCGAUUAUGAAUGCUUCGAGGCGCUCGUCAACUUCGCGUAUACGGCGUGCUUGGAGAUAAGUUCAAAAAAGGUUGCUGAACUCUAUAAAACAGCUUUCGCUCUUCAAAUGACUCCAGUGGUCAAAGCAUGUGCUCAAUUUCUUGCAGACAACCUCAAUUUGAAGAAUUGUAUAGGGAUUCGACGGCAGGCAAAUUUCAAUGAUGAUAAGUAUCUGCUGAGCAAAGUUGAUGCUUUCAUUCAAGAAAACUUCGAGAAAAUUGUUAACGACAGCGUGGAAUUUACUCAGUUGCCUUGUAUUAAGACUCGCAUAAUCGUACCGAAGGAAGAUGGGCGUCGACCUUCAAGCCUCGAAAAGGGUGCCUUACUUGCUCAAAGCGCUCUUGAUUAUUUCAAUCGUAUACCUCACGACAGAGUGGAACACUCUAUUGAAAAGCUCAUACACAAGACUUCAUUGCUUUAUAUGGAAGACGAUCAAAGAUUAACGGAUUGUGCCGAGAUUGACGACAAAUCUUCCGUGGGAAGUUGCGAUAUUAUCCAGGAUUAUAAAAAGAGCGGCAAGGAAGUGGCAAAAGCAAUGACCAAUGGUUCCAUGGAUUCGUCGUUCACAGCUCCCGUGCAACAUCGUGUCACUGGAGCAGUUCCAGUGCGUCUGAAUGCUAGCCGUGUACCUAAUGUGCGGUAUUCUUCGACAGAAAGCCUUAACUCAUUAGAUUCGGCCGAGAGCGAUCCUCAGGAUACUAUCGAAACUGGUCUCAUCGCAACACAUCAAACAUCUGCUGACUACUGGGUCGCUCUAGCUGUACUGUAUCGUCGCCUUGUUGUGCUCAGCAUUCAGUUAACUGAUGACGAAGAUAUAACGAAAAGCAAGUCCAAUGGGUCUGGUAUGGAUCCCCAGAAGAAUUUGCUACUAUCGCGCUUGAUCUCUUGUACCGGUAGUCAACGGAGGCCACUUGCCACCAUGAACGGAGCUCGCUGCUCAAUUGGUGCCUCGUUCCUCAAUGGCAAAAUUAUUGUUUGUGGUGGCUAUGACCGCGGAGAGUGCUUACGGUCUGUAGAGGAGUACGACGUCGUUCGGGGUGAGUGGAGACAACUGCAAUCCAUGAAUGACGAGAGGGGCCGAUUUGACAGUGCUGUUCUCAACGGAAAGGUUUACGCAGUCGCUGGAAGUAAUGGUAACCAUGAUCUGAAAACAGCCGAGGUAUACAAUCCUAAGACCAAUCAGUGGACCGCGAUUCCUUCCCUUAACAAAGCAAGAAGCCAUAACGGAUGCGCUGCUUUGGACGGUUUCCUAUAUUGUGUCGGAGGGUCGCUGGAUCAGCAAGUUUUGAAAGAUUGCGAGAGGUUUGACGAAUCACGACAGGUUUGGGAACCUAUCGCUUCCAUGGAGUUGGGACGUUUCCAAGCAGGAGUAAUCGCUUGGCGCGGUUUGGUUGUAGCAUGCGGUGGAUGCGAUCGGUGGAAUUGCAUGGAUUCUGUUGAGGCAUACGAUCCAAAAACAAACAAAUGGCGAAUGCUGGCAAAGAUGCGAACCGCUCGACGAGGUUGUGCCGUAGCUGUUAUUCGAGACACGCUGUACGUGAUCGGUGGCCACGACGGGCAACAGUCGCUAUCAUCUGUUGAAGUGCUCGAGCAUCCGGCCGCCUCUUGGCGUCCCGGACCUCCCCUCACCACUCCUAGGGCAAAUACGCAUGCGGUAGUAACAGCCGGUAAUGCAAUCUAUGCAAUUGGUGGAUUCAAUGGAAAUCAGUUUUUGAAUUCAAUCGAACUGAUGGAUAGUGGUUAG